UUCUGAGGUAGAGAGCGCCAGUUGACAAGUAAUUCCUCAAUAACCCUAUUGCAUUAACAAAGCCAGCGUGUGCCAUGGAUCGCCAACACUCGCGCGAUCUCUGCGGCUGAUAUCAGCUUGUUGUACCACUGGUCGUACCAUUUCACUCUCUAAACUGACGUAACGGUAUAAACCGGUUUGACAAUCUUGCUUAGCCUGAGGCUGGGGUGCUGGACCUAACGGAGCUGAAGUAAAGGCCCACGGUCCAUUAGUAUGGCCUCUUUACUUUAACUUGGAUCGCCCUCCACAUGUUGGGCUUUUACCUGCAAGAUUCUUUAAUCUUUUCCCCUUAACAGUCUUCGCUCCACAAAAUUUUCGCAAUCCAACUGCCAUGGCUUCCUUAGAACCUCCCGCCGUCGUUACACCGCCGUCCUCCAAGCCCAACCUCCUCCCUCUCCCCUCCCACACAAUUAUCACCCCCUCCGCCGCAGCGUUAGCCGCCGUCGCUCCGACCACCUCCUCUUCCUCCCCCGCCACCCCCUCCGUCGCAACCCCUCUACCUACCCCUUCCGACUCCGAAUUAGUCCACAUCCCUAGCUACUCCCGUUGGUUCUCCGUGGACGGCAUUAGCGAAUGCGAGAUUCGCUGCCUGCCGGAGUUUUUCCAUUCUCGUUCCCCUUCGAGAAACCCUAAGGCGUACAAAUACAUCCGGGACUCCAUCAUCAAGCAAUUCAGGCGGAAUCCUUCCUCGAAGAUCACCUUCACCGAAGUCAGGAAGACGCUCGCCGCCGACGUCAUCUCCAUCCGCAGAGUUUUCGAUUUCUUGGACGCAUGGGGCCUCAUCAAUUACUCUCCGGCUGCAUUGAGCAAGCCCUUGAAGUGGGAAGAGAAGGAUUCCAAGACCUCCCAGCACGCCGCCGAUUCGCCGGCGGGGCCUUCCUCGGACUCCACUCCUCCGGCCAGGGAAACUACAAAGUGGCUCUGUGGCAGCUGCAAGUCCGUCUGCAGCAUCGCUUGCUUUGCUUCCGACAAGUGCGACUUAACUCUUUGUGCACGGUGCUUUGUGCGGGGGAAUUAUCGGGUGGGACUUAGUUCUUCGGAUUUCAGGCGGGUUGAGAUCAGCGACGAGAUGAAAACAGAUUGGACGGAGAAAGAGACGCUGCAACUUUUGGAAGCGGUUAUGCACUAUGGUGAUGACUGGAAGAAGGUUGCACAGCAUGUUGGUGGUAGAAGUGAAAAGGACUGCAUCACCCACUUCAUUAAGCUACCCAUGGGGGAGAAGCUUGCUGGUUCCUCAGAAUUUGGAUCCGGUAUGAACAAGCUAAACCAGAUGAAAGAUGAUAACAGUAGUAACUCUUCCUCCUCUGGUAAAAGAUUGUGCCUUUCGCCUCUUGCAGAUGCAAGCAACCCGAUAAUGGCUCAGGCUGCUUUCCUAUCGGCUUUGGCUGGCACUGCAGUUGCUGAAGCCGCUGCUCAAGCAGCUGUAACUGCAGUGUCCAAGGUUGGACAUGGAGAAGCCAAGGCUCACAUCAGAAGUGUUCACGGGGUUCAAGGAUUGCAAGAUGCAAGUAUCACAUCCAACGGCAGUGACAUGCUGAAGUCCUCAGAAGAUGCUCGUUCAGGUGUAAAUCCAAUGCCGGAGGAGAAGGUGAAUGUUGAGGAAGAGCUUCGUACAGUUGCAGAGGUACAGAUGAAGCAUAUCCAAGAGAAGAUCAUUCGCUUUGAGGAGAUAGAUUCACAGGUAGAAAAGGAGUGGAAACAGAUGGAGCAAAUGAGAGAUAUCUUGUUUUAUGACCAGUUGAACCUCUUAAAGCACGAAAGAUCAAUUCGGAAAACUGGUCAGCAAGCAGCGGAGGGCACGAGAACAGGGUGAUUCUGUCAGAUGUAUGUUUCAUAGUAUCAGAAAUUUCCCGUAGUUUGUUUAGUCUAACGUAUUAUGACAAGGUAGAAGAAGAGUAGAUAGUCCACUCCACUCGACGGUGUAACAAAAUUAGAGAAGACUA